AUGUCAACGGCACCAAAACCAGCAAUGACAACCGCGGUUAAGAGGGCCUGCGAUGGCUGCCAUCGUCGCAAGGUCAAGUGUGAUAGUGGCCUGACCUGUCGCAACUGCGCAACUGCUGGUAUUGAAUGCACAUAUCUCGCUGUUCCUCAGAAGAAGGGUCCCAAAGGCUCUCGCGCAAAAGUCAUCACCGAAUUGAGAGACAGCCAACGCCAGGCCAGUCUCGCUGCCAAGGUGCAAAACAGACUCAAUGGACAGCACACUGACUAUACCAUUCCUGCUCUCAACCCUACAGCUGGCAUGUUGUCCAACGAUCUGAUCAAGGCUUGUGUCAGCUACUAUUUCGAAAAUGCUUACUCGACAUUGCCUUUCCUCGACCGAAACCAAAUCGAACACAUGAUGCACAAUAUGGAAAACGCCCGUGAGGGGUACUGUCUACUUGCAGCUCUCUGCGCAUAUGUAGUACUUCAGCCCGGUAUGGUCCUGCCAACUGUAUCGGCAGAAGAGUCCUUCAGCCUUCAGAACAAUCCCGGCGCCAACAUCGCCGCAAGCACUUUACUUCUCGAGGAGUGCCUACGCGUUCGAAAGAGCUUCGAUUACUUUGAGACACCAACCUCCAACGUUGUGGUCACAAACGUCUUCAUCUACUCCUGCAUCAAGAUAAUGGGGGGACCAGAUAGAGCGUGGUUCUACCUUCGAGAGGCCACAACUAUGGCUCUCCUUGCAGGCAUGGACAAGGAAGAAACCUACGCCCAGUUCACUCCAACUGAAGCUGUCCGAAGACGUCGACUUUUCUGGUUCUUGUUCGCCACCGAGCGCGUCUACUUUUUCAAUUUUCGUCGGCCUUUGUCUCUUUGGGCGACAAUCGCACCUAGCCAGAUGCACGACGAUGGCAACGAUGCCGCGUAUCCCGAGCUUAACACCUUUUUCCUCAUGUGCAACAUCUUCCAAGAUAUGGACGAGUCUUUCCUGGCCGCUUGGAGAAAGGGCUGCGACUUUCUCGAUUGCCAUCAAAUCACUAGUCUUAAGAAUCACCUCAAGGAAUGGAAAGCCACGAACGCCUUCCAUCCCGAAAAUGCCUUUUUGGCCACUCAACAAUUUCUGACCAGUGCAAUUUGGCAGCUUAACCACCCCCAAGAUCAGUACGGUGAUCUGGCACGGCAAAUGACCGGCAAGAUGGCUUCUUCUUUUGCGGGCCAGCCACUUGAGCUUGCAAAGUCCUGCUUGUUCCCCAAGCUAUUUGAGAUCUGUCUUAAGCUGACUGCCUAUCUGGGCAGCAUGGCCCCGGAUCGACACCCCACGACCGUGGGCCCUCAGCAGUGGCUCGAAAGUAUCCUCGUUUCUCUCCACCCUGCCCGAAACGGUGAAUUUGCAUUCACUCCUCUCUUGUUGGCCAAGGUCAACGAGAUUCUUCCACGUCUGGCCGACCCACUGCUGCGAAACGCCCCAGCGAACAGUUUGCAAAUGUCUGUUGAUAUUUUCGACGGCUUUGGCAAUGCCGGUAUGGCCAGCAUGCCACAAAUGAACGACUACAACCAAGGCAUGGUCGUUGACGAGAAUGAGACCAAGUACGAUUUGAGUGGCAGUAGUCCUGACACAAUCCCCAACUCCAAUUACUCGAAUGGCACGCCCCCUGGUACACAGCCAGGUGGUGAUAUGGCCUCGGCAUUUGUCGGCUCACCUGCUAAUGUCAUGUCCCCUGGCAUCGACUACAAUGUCGGUAGCGUGGGCAUGGGCGGCUUUGACAUGUCUGAAAUGGGCAUGAGUGCAUUCACAGCCUCUCAACCCAAUCCAUUGAGCAACAUGCAACAUCAGCAACGUGUUGGAAGUCAACCCCCCUUGCAGGGCAUACAGAACCAGAAUGUCAACACUCCAUCCAUGAACCCAACAAUAGAGCAGAUAUACGGUAUACAACAACCGCAGCGGCAAAAUAGCUAUCAGAUGCAAAACCAACCUCCCUUGUCGCAAAUGGGGUCAAUGUCUGACAUGGACUUUUCAAUGCGAUAA